GACACUAUCACAACAAUUUUUCCAACCACAUUUCAUUUCUCUUAAGCUUCCUCUGUCCCAAGUCUUUAUUGACUUACAAACACCACUUUGAUUUGUACAUAUCCUUUGGAUUUUAGAUCUAAUUCUUCUCCAAAUCAUUUGAGCAUUCUGUCCGAGAGAGAACCUUAGAAUGAUUUCCUAUGGACUUUUGCUGUGGAAGAAAUGUUGAAGAAGGUGUUGAAGGUUGCAGGGGAGCAAACUGGCCUAGCAUGGGGCUUCCAGGAACAUCUCUCCAACCUCCAAAAAUGGCUACUCAAGGCUGAAGCUUUCUUACGUGAUAUCAACACGAGAAAAUUACAUCAUGAUUCUGUGAGGAUCUGGGUGGACGAUCUUCAACGUCUUGUUUAUCAAGCAGAUGAUCUAUUAGACGAAAUUGUUUAUGAAGAUCUUCGACAAAAGGUCCAUACAAGAAAAAUGAAGAAGAGGCUAAUCAAAGAAAUCAUGUGAAACCCAUAUUUAUUCCACACCAGAAUGGCACAAUCAUCUUUUCAUGAAAUUGACCACAUUUUUCUCUUCCUCCCGGGAUCCUCUGUGACGCUCAUCCCAUGAAUCAAACUGAGUUCAUCAAUGGCUACCAUUGCAAAAGCCCCUCCCUUGUUACAACUUCUGACUUCAACUCAGCAAAGUUAACGGAACCAGUCAAUACCGAUGAUCGGAUCAACUUGGUGGUGAAGAUUGUCACUGCUGCAGAUUUCCAUGGUCUUAACACAUUGGGGCUUUCUAUUUCUAGAACUGAUUUGGUUAUAGAUGCUAUCGUUUCUCCUCACUCGCACCCGAGAGCCACCGAGAUGUUCUUUCUGAACCAAGGUAUUGUUCUAGCUGGAUUCAUUGACACAAGGAACCAACUGUUUCAAACUAUUCUAAAAGCAGGCGAUGUAAUUGUAUUUCCAAAAGGGUUGUUGCACUUCUCUUUGAAUUCUGGUUAUGAGCCGGCCAUAGGUUUCUCUGUGUAUAAUAGUCAGAAUCCAGGGGUCGUAAACGUCAACGGCGCUGUGUUUGAUCCUGCUGAUUCGAGUCAUUUCAUAGAAAAGUUCCUUAAGAGACUAAAAGUUCCUUCUUCCCAGUCAAAUUUCAAAUUCAACCCAAAUGUAACUCUUUCCAGAUACACAAGUUCGUAAAACUAUUAACUCAGUUGGAAAGAAAAUGCCUCUACAUGGAUUAGUUCUGCCCAAGAUUCGCUUUGUGAGUUUGAAAUCUUAACAAACAUUCAUAAUUUAAGAUAUAGAAAUAUUAUGGUAACAAAAUCCCAAACUA